CAAGCAAGAAAAACCUCUUCGUGUUCUUCGGUCUCACGUGCAUCGGGAUCAUCAACCAUGUAUUCACUACAUGAUGAUUUUCUUCAAAAGAACUUCUUUUACAAAAUAUCCACUAUUCACGAAUUGAAUGAGGGAAAUUGUGCGGUAAUUCUUGGAACAAUAAAGAUGUUUGAAGAUAUGCGGACUUGGUACUAUAAUGCGUGUAUAAAAUGCAAGUCAAAGGUUAUUUUAAUGGAUGUUCCAAAUGAGGCGUUCAAUGACUUGGACCGCUUUGAAGAGAAAAAGAUGAUGUUUUGUCCAAAAAAAGAUUGCAAAGGCAAAGAUGUUAUUGCUGAACCAAGGUAUGUAACAAAUAAAAACUUAAUAUAUUCUAAUUCAAUGAUUUUAAAUUUAUUUUUAAUGUUACAAAUUUAUGUUUAUAUAUGUUCUUUUUAAGUUACAUGAUCAAAGUUCGAGUUCAAGGUUUAGUUGGAGUGGUCUUACAAUGUUUGAUCGUGAAGUAAGAAACCUUCUGAAAAUAUAUGUUGCUGAAUUAAUAUCAAAAUAUGAAAGGGUAUAUGUAUUUUAUAAUCAAUACCAUAUUGCUAAAUUAAUGUUGUUUUUUAAACAUUUAUUUAAUUCAUAUUGUUUACUACUAAUUUUUUUAGUUCGACAACCCAAGUGACUUUCCAAAUGAGUUGAACGCCAUGCUCAAUAAAAAAUUGGCUUUUAAGAUCGUUGUCAAGACUUUGAAUUCCUCAAAAUUUGGUCGUUAUUACAACAUUUCCAAGAUAACAGAUAAUUUCGACAUUAUUGUUGCUUUGGAAAACAUUGAGAAAAAGAAUAUCAUUGAAUAGGUAAAAAUACACCAUAAUUUGAUUACUUUACUACAUAAUAUUUCAUAGAAUCCUUAAUGUAACAAUUUUUUUUACCCAUAAUAUUAUAGGAUAUGGAUAAUGAUUCUGUUAAUGCAGUUGGCUCAGAAUUUGCAUCUCAAGACACAGUGGGUUGUAAGGAUGUUAAUUCCCACACUGAUGAUAAUACUCCUGUGUCAAAUAUUCCAUCUGGUAAUAGUACAAGUCCAUCAUCAGUAACCGCCACCAACAACCUCAAUUCUCCACCUACAAGUGUCAAACGUAAACUCGUAGAUAUUUAUGAUCUUGAUGAUGAUGUUUAUGAAUCUGCAACAAAACCUAAUGCAUCCUGUGUUGACAAUGACAAAGCUGGAAUAACAACCAAAUUGUUGAUUCCUAAGGUGGAAAAAUGAUCCUAAACAACAAUCGUUCUUUGCUAAUCAUUGCUUUCUUUUAAGAUAUUUUUUUUAUAUUUCCUUCUUUUACUUGCAUAUUAUUUUGGAUUUCUAAAUUUUGUGUUUGGUAAACUAUGAAUACUCAUUUGUGUUAUCUUUUACUUUUUUAAUUGAAUAUCGGAAUUGGGGUUUGGAUGUUUCCUUGUGGUAGCUUCUACUAAACAGCAGUAUUGUUUUCUUUGUGUUUGUUCAUAACAAUAUAUGGUUUGAU